UUUUCUUUCUCUCUCUCUUUCUUUUCUUCUUCUUUUCUUUCCCUGUGCCGACGAUCUCGCCAUGCCCUUGAAGGAGGCGCAGAUUCCCUUCAAGAUCCACAUCGUUAAGGACCAUGACAUGAAGGAGAGGCUGUGCUUGGAGGUGGAGAGGCUAGGGCUCAGUGCCGUGAUCAUGGGGAGCCGAGGUGGAGAGGCUAGGGCUCAGUGCCGGAUGAUGACAAUGGUGCCGGUGCUGGUGGUUCUGCUGUUGCUCCUGCUGUUGUUGUUGCGCAUAAAAAAGGUUUUUGGCGCAAGCAAUGUGUCGAGGCUUUUAGUUCACCUUCCGUUGAGCGAUCGAUGCAAGGCCGCGAUGUCGAUAUCAUAUGAAGCUCAAGCCAGGAUUCAAGAUCCCAUAUAUGGAUGUGUUUCACAUAUUUUUGCUCUCCAACAGCAGGUGGUCAACUUACAAGCACAGUUAGCUUUCCUCAAGGAUCAAGCAGCUCAAAGCUUUGUCAAUGGCUCAAACCCUAAUCAAGCAGCUCAAAGUUGGAAUUAUGAGAAUGGAAUUAUGAAUUCAAAUAUCCCAGAAGAAAAUUUAGUGAAUAUCCCAGAAGAAAAUGUCUCAUAUGGCAGCUUCGAAGAGGGCACUUCUCAUUCCAUGUCUUCUUUUGGCAUGCAAACAAAUUACAACAGGCAAUGGGGUUUUCAGGAUGCUGAUGAGCUUCAAUCAGUGGUUUCCAGCUACAUUCACCAUCGAUGAGUAUAUUGGGAUGAAUAUAACUUUGUAAUAUGUAUAUGGAACUCCUUAUUUAUCUUUUGAAUGAAAGCUUUGUAUUCUGGGAUGCCUUAUGAAUGUGAAGUAAGGAAAUAUUUAUGUUUA